AUGCCAGCGAAUCGAGAGCCCGACAGCGUGAAUUCCCCGUCGUUCAACGACUCCCAGAGUUUUCAAGAAAGCGGAAUUUUCGACGGCAGCUGUUCCAUCAGCGAUGCCGUGAGCGAGUCCACGCAGACCGACGAUGCUGACGUGUCUGACGACUGCCCAAAGGUCGACGACGUUGACACCAAGACCCAGCAGAAACGCAAAAAGAUGAAGAUGAUGUCCAAGCCGAAACCCGUGGCUGUUUUCAAAGACGAAUCGUCGUCAUCCUGCGUAGACUCGCAUUCUUCAUCCGGCGCGAAUGAUGACGAGGAUGACGAAGAAUGCGGGGUUCGCGUGUCCGUUGUCAAGAGACUGGAGUCGGAAAAGGCGAGGCUGGCUGAAGAGGCUGAGAGCUGGAAAUCGCGUGCGGAAACCCUUGCGAGAGACGUUGAGUUGUUGGAUUACUUGGAGACAGUGUUGAAACAGGCAGACAGAAACUUCAAGGAAAUCGAGGUGGAAAAUGCUAGAAUUCAGGAUGAGCUCGCUGAGGCGCAAGCGCAUGAGUGUCGAGUGAUCCACGUGUGUCGACACGCCACUUUUCCAUCGUCACAUGAGGACGAGUUUCCGGGCGACGAACGACUCGUCAUUCCCACCAACAGGGUUAGAAUGCCAGCGAAUCGAGAGCCCGACAGCGUGAAUUCCCCGUCGUUCAACGACUCCCAGAGUUUUCAAGAAAGCGGAAUUUUCGACGGCAGCUGUUCCAUCAGCGAUGCCGUGAGCGAGUCCACGCAGACCGACGAUGCUGACGUGUCUGACGACUGCCCAAAGGUCGACGACGUUGACACCAAGACCCAGCAGAAACGCAAAAAGAUGAAGAUGAUGUCCAAGCCGAAACCCGUGGCUGUUUUCAAAGACGAAUCGUCGUCAUCCUGCGUAGACUCGCAUUCUUCAUCCGGCGCGAAUGAUGACGAGGAUGACGAGGAAUGCGGGGUUCGCGUGUCCGUUGUCAAGAGACUGGAGUCGGAAAAGGCGAGGCUGGCUGAAGAGGCUGAGAGCUGGAAAUCGCGUGCGGAAACCCUUGCGAGAGACGUUGAGGUUUUGUCUCAGAAAUUGAGGAAUUUGGAAUUUGCCGAGAAAUCUGCCAGGCAGCAGAUCAAAGCGUGA